CUGGGUUUAGUCCUCUAUGGCCUGAUGGAGUAUGAGCUUUCGUUGAACUUCCUAAAAGCAGCCUUGACUUUAACCUCUAAAUACUACGGUGCAACAUCCCUGAACCACGCACACAGUCAUCAUGUUCUUGCUCUUGUCUAUGAGAGCAAAGGGGAGUUCAGGUUGGCUCUGCAACAUGAACAAGAGGCUUAUUUAAUAUUUAAAAAACAGGUUGGUGAAGACAGUGAGAGAACUAAGGAAAGCUCAGAAUACCUGAAGAGGCUCACUCAGCAGGCCGUAAUCCUUCAGAAAGCCAUCAAUCAUAUCACUUCUGGAAAACAGAGUGCCUGUGUCCCACCUCCAAGGUUUCCAAUGCCAAGUCAUCCUGUGAUCCUGCAGCAGCUCAACCUGAUAUGUGGAAUUACAUUUAUGCCUCUCAGUGAAAAAGAGCUCAAGGAUCUAAGAGCAGAAAUGAACAGAAGAGGAAAAGUUAAUAUGGAAGAUCUAGAAGAUCAACUUUUUAACCUUAAAGGCUCGAUGACCCCCAACGACAAACAACUGCUCUGAGCCAUAGACCAAAAGGGACGCUACCUCGACCCACCUGCAUGUUAUGAGAAAAUCGUGCUAUUGA